CAGGUGUUACAAUUUCAAGAAAUGCUGUGACCUGUCUGAAGAAUAUCAUUCAUAGAAACUUUCAUCUCGUCAUAGUUUUUUAAAACUAGAAUGGCUUUGAAAAAAACACCUAAACUAUUCAAGAAAUUAUUUUUUCACUGGAAACUUUGGAAGUUUAGCAUUAUUGUGUUUGUCUUUCUGAUAUUUUUAUUUUUAUUACAAAGAGAAGUAGGUGUUCAUGAUUUUAAAGAUGAAGCUGGGAUUGAGCCAGUUGUUGGAAAGAAAAGUCAUGUAUUAGGUCUUGUGUUAAAUGCUAUGAACAAUAUCAAAGGUGCAAAGCCAAAAAUGCAGAUAAAAGCACCUAUUAGGCGAACUAAGAUUCCUGGAGAGAGACACUGUUUGCCAGGACAUUAUACUGCAGUGGAACUAAAACCUUUUCUAGAUCGACCCCUUCAAGAUCCUAAUGCUCCUGGAGCUUCUGGUAAACCAUUUAAAACUACCAACUUAAAUUCAGAAGAGCAAAAAGAAAAACAGCGUGGAGAAGAAAAACACUGUUUUAAUGCAUUUGCAAGUGAUAGGAUUUCUUUACACCGAGAUCUUGGACCAGACACUCGACCUCCUGAAUGUAUUGAACAGAAGUUUAAGCGUUGCCCGCCAUUGCCAACCACAAGUGUUAUAAUAGUUUUUCAUAACGAAGCAUGGUCCACUCUGCUCAGAACUGUUCACAGCGUGAUGUAUACGUCUCCUGCCAUACUGCUAAAGGAGAUUAUUUUGGUGGAUGAUGCCAGUGUAGAUGAAUACUUGCAUGAUAAACUAGAUGAAUAUGUGAAACAAUUUCAAGUAGUUAAAGUAGUUCGUCAAAAGGAAAGAAAAGGUCUAAUCACUGCACGGUUGUUGGGAGCUUCAGUAGCAACAGGAGAGACCCUUACCUUUCUGGAUGCUCAUUGUGAAUGCUUUUAUGGCUGGUUAGAGCCAUUAUUGGCAAGAAUAGCUGAGAACCCUGUCGCUGUUGUAAGCCCUGAUAUUGCUUCUAUAGAUCUCAAUACUUUUGAAUUCAGUAAACCAUCUCCUUACGGGCAUAGCCACAACAGAGGAAAUUUUGAUUGGAGUUUGUCAUUUGGAUGGGAGUCUCUUCCCAAACAUGAAAAUAAAAGAAGAAAAGAUGAAACCUAUCCAAUUAGAACACCUACUUUUGCGGGAGGUCUCUUUUCAAUAUCAAAAGACUACUUCGAACACAUUGGAAGCUAUGAUGAAGAAAUGGAAAUAUGGGGAGGUGAAAAUAUAGAAAUGUCUUUCAGAGUAUGGCAAUGUGGUGGACAGUUGGAGAUCAUGCCUUGCUCUGUUGUUGGCCAUGUCUUUCGCAGCAAGAGUCCCCAUACUUUCCCAAAAGGUACUCAAGUGAUCACACGUAAUCAAGUCCGCCUUGCAGAAGUCUGGAUGGAUGAAUAUAAAGAAAUAUUUUACCGAAGAAACACAGAGGCAGCAAAAAUUGUGAAACAAAAAACAUUCGGAGACAUCUCAAAAAGACUUGAUUUAAGGCAGCGUCUGCAGUGUAAAAAUUUUACGUGGUAUCUCAGUAAUGUUUAUCCAGAAGCAUACGUGCCAGAUCUGAAUCCUUUGUUUUCUGGAUAUUUAAAAAAUACAGGUAACCACAUGUGUCUGGAUGUUGGUGAAAAUAACCAUGGUGGCAAACCAUUGAUUAUGUAUUCUUGUCAUGGACUUGGAGGAAAUCAGUACUUUGAAUAUUCUGCACACCAUGAAGUUCGACAUAACAUUCAGAAGGAGCUUUGUCUGCAUGCUUCUAAAGGACCUGUGCAGCUUCGCGAAUGUAAUUACAAAGGCCAGAAGACCUUUGCCGUUGGAGAACAGCAAUGGCUGCAUCAGAAGGAUCAAACUCUGUACAAUGCAGCGCUACGUAUGUGCCUUACUGGAAAUGGAGAGCAUCCGAGUUUGGCAUCCUGUAAUCCAUCAGACCCCUUCCAGAAGUGGAUCUUUGGCCAGAACAAUUAAGAUUUGAUAUUUAUAGGCCAGGAGCACUUUAUUAAAAGAAAAGAUCUGUUCUAAACUGUGAUCAUAUAUGUAUACUGCAUUUUUAAGUGAUGUGUACUUUAAAUGCAAAGUGUUUAAACAGUUUCUUUUCCCUCUUAUUUAAGUUGGAUAUAAAAUGUAUCAUCAGAGAUUCCCUAGGAGUCUGUUAUACCAAAGGUGAUUGAGAUCUUAAUUAAGAAAAAUGUUUACAACAUGUCUAUGAUAAGACUUUAUAUGUUGACCACUGAUUCAUGAUCCGAUAGUCCUCUUU